CUCAGCAGCUAAGCUAGCUUUUGUAACAAUGGCCACUUAUGCCAAGAUCUUUAGCUUUGCUUUUAUGAUGAUCUCGUCGGUGGUUAUUUCCAGUGGAAAGAGUGACAUUGACGUAGCCAUAGAUGAGAUGGAGAGAGCAAAUUACUUCACCUUUGUCAUGCUUAUGAACAUGGUUCCACCUAAUCUGUUCCAAGGCAAUGUCACUUUCUUGAUGCCCAGUGAUAGAUCACUGUCCAGAAGCAUGAUACUUCAAAACAGCGUUGAAGCCCUCUUGCUCCGCCAUUCAAUUCCAUCCCCUUUGCUUUUUGAUCACCUUCUUCAUUUCCCCACAAAUAGCAUCCUUCCUACAUCAGACCCCGACUUGAUGCUUAAGGUUUCUAAUAGUGGCAGAAGGGGUUUCUUCCUCGGGAAUGUUAGAAUUGUUACUCCUAAUAUAUGCACACAUGGGUACUCAGUGCGGUGCCACGGCGUAGAUGGUGUGCUUAGCAUAGACGUUCAGAAACCCUCUCCAAUCGCUUGCUCUUCAUCAGCUGCCCCAUCGUUGGCACCCCCUAAUCUGGCUCCUCCACCGCAUUAUGAAACAUCAGGUGGUGGAAGGCCACAGCUGAGGUUAUCAUUGACAUGUAUAAUUAUUACAUUUGUGUGGGUAGCCUUGGGACUGGCUUAACUGAUGAGUUUCUUUCUUCUUAGCUAAUGUUUUCCAUAAAAUUUGUAAUACUAAUCAAAUAAAGCAGAUCACAGUCAGAUGUUGAUGGGUAAUAUUAUGUUCAUCACAAGGGAGAAAGAUCAUCGGGGGAGAAACAGAUCAUUGUUGAUUGUUUGCAAAUUGCAAUAGCGGCCAGUAGUUAGGGUGUGAAUCAGCCACGAACCUAACACAAAGUCUUGGGUCCACCAAUUUAAUUAAUUGGGUGUUUUAUGUCAAAACUUAGCAUCAGAUUUUAUAGUUAAACGUAAUUAGUUAUAUACAUUUGUCUUUUUUUUGUUG